AUGAAUCGAUACUAUUCGGAUAGAAAUCAAGUCUACUAUACUAACCGGCAAAAUUCUGGCGUGAUACAAGCAUCCGGCUGGCAAACACCAAUACCAAAUGCGAGUAGAAUAGUGUCAUCACAGGCACCUUUCAUUCGACUAGUUGUCGACUGUCCAUUCGGUUUCAAAAAAUGUGACUAUACGAUUGACAAAUCUCAGCCUGGUCGUUUAAUUGUUGCUGCACGCCGACGACAUCGAUUCAAGUCGGAUUAUUUCCUUUUAAACGAUCCUAAUCAAGUGACUUAUCAAACCUUCACUAUUCCCGGCGAUGCUGAUGUUGAUCAAUUACAAUCUCAUAUCGAACGUUCAACCAAUCGUCUCAUCAUUGAAAUUCCACGUCUCCCAUUAUUAUAUAAUCAAUCGCCUGAUAACACACAAUGGACAUAUGAUAAUAAAAAAUAUAGUCAAAAAUAUGUAAAUAACAAUCAAAAAGUCGAAUACCGAGUUGAUUGUCGUGGUUAUACAGCUGAUCAGUUGAAAGUCUACGUUCAAGGUCGAGAUCUAAUUGUUCAAGGUAAAACAUCACGAUCAUCAUCAUCAGCAGCAGAUCCCAAUCAACAGCGUACAUCACAAAAGUUUUCACGAAAGAUUCCAUUGACAAACGCAGUUGAUUCAUCCCAAAUUAUAUCCUACUUUGAAAAUGGUGAUUUGAUUAUUCAAGCACCUCUUAAAUCCGAUGAUGCAAUUAUGCCUUCAUCGGUACCGAUAAUAAUAAACAGAUCAACAGGUGAUUAUGUUCGCGCGCAAUCCCCAACACCAACUAACACACAUCAUUACCAACAACAACGAAGAGAUCGCUCGAAUCUUAGUCGAACAUACGGCCCUGCUGCUGCUGAUGAUGAUGAUGGUGAUCGCCGACCAUUAAGUCCGAUACGACGUGAACAGUCUGCUGAAAGCCUCGCUCAUCCAUCGUAUCGAUUGUCACGUGAUUUUGAGGAGAACCGACCGAAACGCACUACAAUUCAAGAACGGUAUUUCAAUAAUAAUCGAUCUGAUUCACCGGCAAAACCAAUUGGUCGAUCUGUUUAUUACCCAACGAAUAAUGUAGUUACCACUAGGACAACAUACCAUACUUCACCUGGAGAAGUCGAUUUUGAUUGA